UUUACACAAACACUAUGUGGUUCACGAACGAUUCACCAGAGGCUGAGGCACACGCACAGGUGACUGGCGGACAUACCGCCAAGCUGUCCCACGAGCUCAUUGCCUCCGCCGCCGCGUAUGAGGCUGCCAAGGCGUACGAGAAGCAUGUCCAGAAGAACGGAAAACCCGCAAAUCAUGCGAAGGCCGUGGAGCUGCUGGCGGCACUGACCGGUGGCUUCAUUGAUCGCAUUGCAGAGACCAAGGGAAUGGACGAAGUUGACAAGGAAAAGGCCAAGCAUGCAGCGCAUGAACGUGCUAAAAGCACCCUCGAGAAACAUGGAGAAUUUUGAUUAUGCCAUAUCGCACGACGGACUUUAUGUUGGUAGUACGCUGUACAAUAUAUGUAUACUGAUCAUGAACAGC